AUUCGCGACGAACCAACCGGACGCCAUUACCACGCCACCGGAUUGUGAAUCUGUCAGUAGUGCGUCUUUGGUGAAAUAAUCUUUGAAGAUCCUUUGGAUACAGUGUUUUUGUGUUGAUAGUUCCAAAAAGUACACAAAACUCAAAAUGUCUGACGAGAAAAAGGGAGAGAGCGAACACAUCAACUUGAAAGUGCUAGGUCAAGAUAAUGCAAUCGUCCAGUUCAAAAUAAAGAAACACACACCUCUGAGGAAAUUGAUGAAUGCUUAUUGUGAUAGAGCGGGAUUGUCAAUGCAAGUAGUACGGUUCAGAUUUGACGGGCAGCCAAUCAACGAGAAUGAUACCCCAACGUCACUGGAAAUGGAAGAGGGAGACACAAUAGAAGUAUACCAGCAGCAGACCGGUGGUGUGCAUCUAGUGUAAACGCUUUAGAUAAGGAACUGUCACUUUCCAUGGGAUCGUCGUGGUGUACCCAUCUCAAAACUUUUUAACAUUAAGUUAAUUUUAAUAACAUUUGUAACUGUACGAAUUGUUCCACUAAACUUUCAACACUCUUUGAUGCUUAUCUGUAACGAGUUUUGAAAGUUUAGUGUUUAAUUAAGGAAAUUUAAGGUAAACCAAAUGUUAUAGAUAACUUCAACAUAAUUAUUCCAAUGUGAUAAUGUUUAGUUGACAUGUCAGAAUCAGCCAGUAUUGUAAAUGUGGCAAGCAUUUCAGUUUUUUGUUGUGGUGGCUAAUUUAUUGGGCAUGCGUCCAUUCCGAUCAGGUCUUUAACUCUGAUGUACCUAUUUGAAAUAAAGUAAAUGUAAUACAUAUA